GUGUUCAACGAAUCAAUCUCCUUGUGCUCACUGAACUUCUUCGUGCGUGUUGAACUACUCGUCAGUUUCACGUUCAAUGAAUAGCAUACUCAAACUUGCUGAUGUUGACGAAAGUUUUAAACAUUUUGAAGAACAUCUGGAAGGUAAAGCAUUUUGAAAGACAAGUAACGAUUUUGGAAUAGGCUUUAUAUAGCCACACAUUCCACUUCAACCAACUGAUAGGCUAAAUCAAUUCAAUCGUACCGAGUUUAUAAAUUGAGUCUUAAUGGAUUUCUGAUAUUUAAAUACAUAAUGAAAUCUAAGGAUGGAGGCAAUUUAAUAUGUCAUGUUAUAAUUGAGAAAUAAACGCGUCACACUGGCGACUGAUUGUGCUGGACCUCUGCAAAGGAGGUGUCUGUGCGGAGUGAGAGAAAGGACAGUGGUGCUCCAGGCGACGGACUGCAAGAGCCUACCCAGCCUACAACACAUGGGGACAGUAAUCAACCACCCAGGAGCAUACAUUACAGAGCUCAUCUGAUCUGUCAACUUCAAGACUGGAGUGUUGCUUGUACUUGGAGACAUCCUUUCUAGCAUUGGAAGUAGCAGUGACAGCCAGCCCUAGCAGCAGGCAGUAGGCAGGCAGCGACCAGAGAGAGCCCUCUCUCCUGGCCCGAGACGCUGCUGCAAACCGCUAGCCCUGUUGUCGCCUGACGACCAGCAACAGCCACACAUCUCCCCAAAGCUGAGGACCAGGCCAGGCCCCGGGUAUCUGAAGGACUCACCUCCUCACCUGUCAGGCCAUGCACAGGGGCAUGGAGUAAGCUAACUUUGAAAACUAGUGCAUCUUGGCACCUGACUCAACAACCAGCUACCGCCUCAGCUUCCGCCAACUACAGCUCCCAGCAAGCCUGCCAACUGCUAAAACGGCGAGCCAGCCAGCACUUCUCCUCCAAUAUCCACUGUCCUUGACCAUGAACGAGAACUUACGGCCCCCAUCACUCCAGGUGAGCGUUCCCCGCGAUGCCCCUGCCUACUCGGAUGGGGGGAACGGCGGGGUCUCAGAUGACCCUGUGUGGUCAAGCUUGUCCACCCCAACGCUACGACGCAAGCGCUUCAAGAUGAGGCGCAUGAAGAACGCGCCCAGUGAGAGGGAGAAGGACAGGGGCAGGCUGGUGAAGGGGUGGCUAGCCUCCACCCGCUCCAACUCGGGCUCCAAGGAGUACCUGCAGCUGCCCUCCAUCGAGAUCACCCGGUCCAGCGACGAGGAUGGGGCCUCCUGGUCCAAUUUCUCUACGCCCAGCGCCUCACCCCGACGCAAGCGCUUCCUGCUCCGCAAGUGGCUGAGGGUGAGAGAGAAGAAGGAGCACACCGGCAGCGAGAGCAGCAGCCAGCAGAGCAGCCAGCAGAGUAGCCAUGACGAUGACUCCACUCGCUCCCUGACUCCCUUCAACCUAGAGGAGAGGUCUGACAGUGCAGCGGACAAGAUCAGCACUGCCAGUAACUCCAACAGGAGCACUCCCGCUUGCUCGCCCGUCUUGCAUCCUAAACGCUCACGCUCGCCCACGCCCCAGAGCCUGGAGCCUGGUGAGAACAUGGUGGAGAAGGGCCACUCUGACCACUCUGACAAGUCCCCCUCCACCCCCGAGCAAGUGGUACAGCGAACCUACUCUCUGCAGUCCGCCCGCAGCGGAGGCAAGAACUCCAAGAAGAGCCAGAGCUGGUACAACCAUGAAAGACAACACAUCCUGAGAGUGUUGAGCCCCACAUAUAAACAGCGUAAUGAGGACUUCAGGAAGCUCUUCAAGCAGCUACCGGACACAGAGCGACUCAUCGUGGAUUACUCCUGCGCCCUGCAACGAGACAUCCUCCUGCAGGGCCGACUCUACCUCUCAGAAAACUGGAUCUGUUUUUAUAGCAACAUCUUCCGCUGGGAAACGCUGCUGACGGUGAGGCUGAAGGACAUCUGCACCAUGACAAAGGAGAAGACAGCCCGCCUCAUCCCCAACGCCAUCCAGGUGUCCACAGACGGUGACAAGCACUUUCUCACCUCAUUUGGAGCGAGGGACAGGACCUACAUGAUGAUGUUCAGGUUAUGGCAGAAUGCACUGCUGGACAAACCCCUGUGCCCCAAAGAGCUAUGGCACUUUGUCCAUCAGUGUUAUGGCAACGAGCUUGGCCUGACCAGUGACGACGAGGACUAUGUUCCCCCUGACGACGACUUCAACACCAUGGGGUUCUGUGAGGAGAUUCCUAACGAGGAGAAUGACAUCAGUAAUGACAACUUGUCUAAGAGCAGUGCCGAGGCCAAGCACGAGGGCAGCCCUCCAUCCAUACACAAGAAAUGCAUCAUCACCAACAGCACCAUCAGCUCAACCAUCAGCAGCGAGCCCCUCUCUGUGAGUCUCAGCGACAUAAUAGAGUUUGACCUCCCUCCAGACGAAUACAUCGACUGCCUCCCUAACGGGGAGCUGCUGGCCUUGCCAAUGGUGCUGGAGCAGAGGCUAGCGGAGGCCAGCGGCCU